GCCGUCCGCCUUUCUCCUGGAAUAGUGUACUCUGUUUAACCGUUGUAUGCUUACCUCACACUUGCGCUCUAUAAAGCGCUAGCUGAGCCUUCCUGCACCAGCAGCGGCGACUGCAAGCUUGAGAGGGGAGCAAGUCGACUGACCCUAAAGGGAGGCAGUCAAGUUUACACUCGGGACCAUCUUUAUGAAGGGCAUCGAACAAGUGAUCAAAGAACAACUUGACAAACAGAAGAAACAACCGGAGGAACUAGUAACUCUCGUCCUUGACAGCACCUGCAAAUCCACACACGUUAAGGGUCUCGACGCAUUCGUAAACCUCAAGUCACUCUCACUCUGCAGCCUCGGACUUACCUCCCUCGAGGGAUUCCCCAAGCUUCCAAACCUAGUCCACCUCAACCUCUCCGAUAACCGCAUCACAGGCGGCCUGCAACACCUGGUAGACGCCGGCCUCACCUCCCUGCGCACCCUCGAGCUCGCCAACAACCGGCUCGCCCGCCUGUCCGACCUCGAGCCGCUCAAGUCGCUGCCAGCGCUGCAGGUGCUGGACGUGGACGCCUGCCCGCUCACCCGCACCCCCGACUACAGCUCCGACAAGGUAUUCGCCAUGCUGGACGAGCUCAAGUACCUGGACUCGUACGACCGCAAGGGCAACGAGCGGGACGGCGACGAGGAGGAGGAUUUUGAUGAGGAGGGAGGAGAGGAGGAGUUCGACGCUGAGGGCGGUGGCGAGGAGGAGUAUGAGGACGAGGAGGGCGGCGAGUUCGAGGAGGAGGAUGAGAAGGAGUAUGCCAUCCUUGUGGGCCCCGAUGCCAUAGGCGAGGACGAGGAGGGUGACUACCAGGACGAGGGAGAGGGCGACGACGAGGACGAGGGCGAGGAUGAGGACGAGGGUGCCGCGCAAGGCACCAAGAGGAAGCGCGAGGAGGAAGAGGAGGAGGAGGACGAGGGAGAGGAGGGCGACGAGUAAAACCCUUGCCUAUCGUUGGCUUUGCUUGCGGGGACUGUCCUUCGGAUCUUCGUUUACUCUGAAUUACAUGUUGCUACGCCCCGUAACUCUACUCACCACUUGACGCGUAAAGCAUUGUUGUAGUUGAAGAUACUUGAAGUGUCGCGGAGUGUCGUUAGCACGCCAGUGUAACCUAUCAUCAUCCUUGUGGCCGCAAUCAGACACCAGACAGGCGGUGGCGACCAACAACCCCAUUGAUGGCGGUGCUGCCUCACAUGUGAACAUCGGGCCGUUCUGUUGUACCCCUUGAAGCUGUGUAGACGGUUCACCAUGCAUUCUCGAUGUGUACAGACCACCACAACUGAGUAACUCUCCAGACCGGGCGACUAGCGUGUGUGUGUAUAGUUGAGUAGCGUGUAUGUGUGUACGACAUGAACCCAGCGGCCGCAUGUGAGUGUUUCCAUGUGAGCUUCCUGUUACCCGCUCGGACUGUCAUCGUGAGCAUUUCCUUGUAACAACACCUGCGUCAG